AUGGGAUUCUCCAUGUCUGUGAAGAGAUUUAUCAGGAGGAGAAGAUACAAAAGGCUUGAAAGUUUCAAUGGAGGAAGAAAGAGUUUGAGAAUAGUCAGGCUGGGUGAGCAUAAAGGCAGGCUUGUUUUAAAGUUCAAAUCUGUGCCAAAGUUGAAGCUGAGAUUUACUAAGCAUGCAAAAUCCUUGCUUUCAAGACUGAGAGAUUCAUAUAUGAAUAUGAUGGUCAAUCUUUCCCAGUACAGAAUUUGGCAGCCCAGCGCCAAGAUGGGUGUUGAAGAUAUUCAGGAUAAGGUUAUUGUUGAGAUGUUCAAGUCACUGGGAAUACAAGUGCAGGUCUUGCCAGACCAGGAUCUUGCCAAAGUGAGGAGUCAGUUAAAUCUCAGAACAGUUAUGGUUUGA